UCAGCAGUUUCACAGAUAGCUACUGGAAAUGAGCAGUUUGACUUCUUCCUCACUCCAAGCUGUACAACAUUGAUCAUUGCACCUGCUUAUGAUUUAAAAUCUCUACUAAGAUUUCUCCUAGCCAAAGCACUAGAUCUACGGAGAUAAAGCUUCUCUUCCUGGAUUGAACAGGAGUCUGGCAUGUAGGUACCAUACCUACAUGCCAGACUCCUGUAAAAGAUCAGAUAGUGUGAACUGCAUACUGUUCCACCUCACUUGUAUUAGAGCUUUAGCUAGCAAGCCAAGAAAACACUGUGGCUCUCUCCUUAGCUGUUCGUGUAUUGUUUAUGUGCGUGCUACGUCAGUGCUGCACGUGUUUUUUUGUUUUGGUAAUUCUAAUGUUCUCCUGUCCUUACACAGAAAAAAGUGGUUGACUCCUUCGGAAAGUUCAGAUGAGUUUGAGCCACAAGAGAAAGUGUUCAUUUUUACCUUCAACAAGUACAUGUAAAGAGCCUAAGAAACAGAAAUUGCUCAACCCAACAACUCAAACUCAAACGCAAACCUCUAGUGUCUCAACAAGGUCAAAAUCUAGCUUCGAUGUGCAGAGCAAAGCAUCCUCGAGUGCUGUGUCGAAAGUCUCAACAAGGCAUCAAACAUCAAGAUCCAGCUCCUCCGCUGUACAGUCAAAAGCAUCCUUGAGUGCUGUGUCGAAAGUUUUUAAUCUAUCCUCUUUGUCUUGCUACAAAGUAGUCAGAGGAGUGCAAUUGAAGAUGUAUUCAUUGUUGGAUAUACACAAUUUUUUAGGGUUGAAAAACAAACCGAUUGACUCAACAAAAAAGGAAGACAGCGAUGCUGUUGCAGUCAAAUGUUUUAAGAAAAUCCUAAAAGAUUGUCAUCUUUUGAAGAAAUGGGGCGUGAAAAGUAAUGUUGAAAUACCACCAUUAAGUGAAAUGGCGGAUUUUCAGUCUUCAUCAAAAGAAAGACCAGACAUAAUCAUCUACAACAAAAACGAAGAAGAAAAAAUCGCUUUAACGUGCGAAGUGCAAUCGUCUCCUAUGUUUUGGACGGAGCAAAAGGCAAUUUUAGGCGCUACUAAUUUGCUAAGAAAUUUUCGUGAAAACAGCACUGAUAUCACAUCAGUAACAGUGUUUGCCAUUCCAAACACAUACAGCCAAAACUGUAUCAUUGAAAUUGUAGUUGAAUGGAGCAACUUACUUUUUAAAGUAACUGAAACACGAUUCUCAGACAUUGACAAUGGAAUUACGAGGCUCAAAGAAAUAAUCAGUUUAAAUUGCCAUAGACUGCCCAAAUUGUCGUCAAAAACGUUUUACUUCAUGAAGUUAUCUCCAAGUGACUUGUCACUAUUUGAACAGCCACAAAAUCAACUGUUGUCGAAAACACACCUGGUUGUCAAGUCAGGUGAUAAGGUGUUCAAGUUGUUAUACCAAUCUGAGGAACGGGAAUCCCUGCAGUUGGUAAUGCAAAUUUUUGAAGAAGACCCCCCGGCACAUGUUUAUAAUCCCAAAGUUGCUUGGUUUAGAUUUUGUCCUCGGGUAUUUGUUAUACAAUACACAUUUUUGAAGUACGACCACAUGUUCGAUUGCGAAGCGGAACAUUGCUGUAGGGAAUUGGUCAAAGGAAUUCAGGUUGCGCUGAAGGAAUUACACGAUCGAGAUAUUUCACAUAACGAUAUCCGAUUAGAAAACAUUUUAUUUAACUCUAACCACGAACCAAUUCUUGUUGACUUGGAUCGAGCCGUUUCAGUAGAUGCGUUAUUCUCGUACUUCAAUGUCACUGAAAGUUGUAUGUACACAUUUCCAAAAGGUGUAUCUCUGGACACUGGUGUGCAAACCGACUAUUUUCAGCUGGGGUGGUUAGUCGCCUCAAUACUAACAAAAGAUAAAGAUAAAGACUACCAUGACAGAGAAUGGGAGACGGAACCAUUUUAUAUAAGAGACAAUAAAUUUAUAGCAUCCCUCAUUACGAAAGGCGUGUAUGACCAGUCGCUACUAAAUUGCUUACCACAAGACACAAAAACAAUACAGGAAGUUUUAGAAGGUAGACAACUGUGAACUUAUAUUAUUUAUUUUGGCCAUAAAACCCUGGCUCAAUUCCAAGCAUUCAUAUUUGUGGUUUUAUUGUAUAUCCAGUGUGGUUA